CUCUCAGCAGCGGUUGCCUAGGGAGCCCGCAGAUACCGAAGUACUGAUGCAGAACACAGACAGACGCGACCGGGAGCUCCUUUGUAGGAAUGUGGCACAUCCAAGCUGUCUUUUUGCAGUCUUCCGGUUAACCGAGCCGAAUGAUGUGAUCCUGUUGGCAAAAUAAUUACAAUGAGAUUCAUUUGAUCGAGUCAUACGUACAGAAGGGAAGAAAUGUCUCUACAGCAAAGAGUGGUGCAACUGUCAGCCGCCUCGCUCGCCGUUGUUCUGUGUCGGGACGAGGACACCAAACACAACGCCUCCAGCACUCACGGACAGGACGUGUUUGAGGAUUUUAAAUCGCAAAAUUCACGAAGCUUUUGGAAUAAGAGGCUCGUAAGCGCGGUGACUGAAGUUUCCUUCCAAGGAUGGUUGGAGAACUACGUGCUGCUUGUUCAAGGGAAUGCCAACAACCUGGAGGUGCUGAGGGAAGCUUGGAUGCGCAGGGCGCUCAGGUCACCCAGAGGAUACAUCAUCAAAGCAGUGGGUGAUCUCUCCCCGGUGCAGAUGUCACCGAUCUCCCAGUCUCAGUUCAUCCCGCUGUCUGAAAUAUUGUGCUCUGUCAUUUCGGACAUGAAUGCUGCCCAUGUGGUUGUAAACCAGGAAGCAUUGAUCAAUCACAUGAUGAAAGCGCACCCUGGAAUGACCAUUCCUACCCAAGAUAUCCUCUACAAUGCUCUGGGAAAUCUUAUAAAGGAGAGGAAGAUUUAUCACACUGGCGAGGGCUACUUUGUUGUUACUCCUCAAACGUACUUCAUCACCAACAACAUGGUGAAAGAGAGGAACUGGUGGAGUACCGCUGACAAUGACCUGCCCUCACCUCCUCCCAUCACGUACCUGGUGAGCAACGAGAGCUGCAUGGACGCUAUUACUGAGGUGCCUGGCAUGGCUCACUGUAAAUCCUGCAGCUGUUUCACCUCUCCAUCCAACGUCCCUCCAUCUGUCCAAGAUCAUCAAUCCACCAGCAUAAGUGAGUGCACGGGCAGAAGCCUCAAAUGGCCGAGAGAGCACAAGCCCUCCGUUCAACACCAGUCCACGUCUACAGCAGCAGAUUGCCAGGCCAGCGAGAUUAGCAAAUCCACCACCAGCCGUAAGGACAAGAAAGCAGGUCGCAAAUUCGGCCUUAAUCUGUUUCGAAGAAACCCAGGCAAGAAGAGCAAGCUCAAGAAAGAAUACGUCACAUUCUCUGGACAGUUUCCACCUGAGGAAUGGCCUGUCAGAGAUGAAGACGAUUUGAAUAACCUCCCCAGAGACCUAGAACAUGCCAUCAUCAAACGGAUCAACCCAGAGCUGACUGUGGACAAUCUAGUCAAACACACGGUUCUUAUGAAAAAACUUGAGGAGAAAGCUGAGUGGGCCACGGAGAGAGCUGUUGACAAGGGCAUUUCCACCGAAGCUCUUGUGUCCAAGCAAAGGCAUCAGACCUCAAAGACCGGGGGCAGGAGAUUGGUCCCUAGAGCUACUCGAAGUAAGAGAAAAGGGCCUUCGUCCAGAGAAAAACAGAAAGCAAAGAACAAAACUCAGCCAUGUGCUGAAGAUUUAGAGGCAGAUGAUCCGAUUCUGCCUCACCUCAGACCGGAAUUGGUUUUAGAGGACCCGGGCAACCAUGAAGAAAGCACGAUUCUGAAUCCCAAAUGUGUUUACAAGAAACAGAUAGAGAACCCAUUUUUUGCGUCACCAGGAAGAGACAUGGAACCAAAUGCUGGUCAUAAAGAACACAGGAGGAGAGAACCCAAAAAUCUAAUCGCUGAGCGUCGAGAAAGAACCGGUCACAGGUCAAAGUCUUGGGACCCUCACCGGGCCAAAGCAAUUCCUGACGGUGUAGAGAGAUCUCAUACCUUAAUGGAGGCACCUUGCGAAAGAGCCCCAGUGGACUCCAGCUUGGACGUUAAACCAAUUACAGAGCUUUGUGGAGAUUACAGCUCUAUCUACCCUCAGAGCAGUACUCUAAGGAUAGAGGACAAAAUUAAGCUGCGAGAGAGCAAAGUCAGAAGCAGGGAGUUGAGAAAUGGCCGAGUAAGAGAACAUAAACACACCGCUUUUCAGGACGGAGACACGAGAACUGAUCCCAACAUUGUAGAUCCCACAUAUUUAUGUGACACAAAAGAAGCACCUCUCUCGUGGCCCGAACCCACAAUUCAACGCAGACUUUCCCUACACCUACUCAACAGCAAGGAGGAGUCCCAUCACCGUCCUGAUCUGUUGUCUUCACAUCAACAAUCUGGCACCAUAACAAGCAACCAACAUCUGUCCAACGCUCAGAACCGAGACAUGAACCACAGUGAGAGUGAGGCCUACAGUGAUGAUGAACAUCACAUCUAUCAGAAGACAGAUGAAGAUGGGGAUGUCUGUAGCUCCUUUAGCGUGAAUGAGGAUGAGUGUGAGCCAUUGCACACUGGCACAUCGCGCUGCCGUGAGCCUGUAUGUCUGGAUGAAGACUGGGAUGCCAGUUUCAUCGAGGGCCACGUAUCCGGUGCCCAUCACAAACCUGUAAGCACCACACACAGACAGCAUGAAUACAGGUGGCAGUCUGUGUCUCUUCUUCAGCAAUCUGCCAGUUCCAGACAAGAUGCCCAGGGCUUGGGGAAAAGACUACAUGAGUCAAAUUCAGUAGAUGACGAACCCACUGAAGUCCUGGAAAGCAGCAUUUUCGACUACUGUCACACAAGCGAAGUGGACUCAGAAACAGAAACAAUACAUAAGUCUGCAGAUGAAGCUGAGGGAAAAUCCAACCACUGGAUAUGUCACCCAGAGCUAAAGGACUGCCACCAAAACACAGCAAAGACAACAGAGGAUGCUGGCAACAUCCACAAUACAGGUCAACCGACAGGAGCCUGUGCUAGAGAAACAAUCGAGAAUCUAAGUAACACAGCAGAUAGUGGAAUUGACUCGCCAAGGACUCAUAUGAGCUUAACCUCCAGUAACUCGGCCAUACUCAAAGGACUGAAGCACCGGAGUUUCCUGCAGAAUUUAGAAAAGCUCCACUCCAAGAGUAACAACAUUCAUUCUCAGAGUUCUCUACUCAAGCUUACUCCUGUCAUGAAUGUUUAAACUUUAAACAUCAGAUCGGAAUAUGUAUAAAAUGUAUAGAAGUAUUUUCAACAAAUGUAAAUAAAAAAUUCAAGAUUA